UUCUUAUAAUACAUACAAUUACAUCUGCAGACCAUUUAAAUUGAGCUAUUACAGUUUCAGACCCGUGGGAAGUAAGUUUUUUGGGGGGAAUUUCAUCUUAGACAUUAAUAUAUCUCUAGAGAUGCUUUUGCUUAGGAGCAUCACACACCCUUUUAUGGAUAAAAUCUAAAUCUAAGCUGCAUGGCCCAGUGCACUGCAUACGAUACAGUUGUCCCCUGUGUUAUAAUUCAAGUAUUUAACGAGUUAUACAGAGACGGAUGCAAUGCGAGGACUGGAUGUGAUGCCUUAACAGUUUGUUUGUUUGAUUAGUAUCAGGAUAUGAACGGCCCCAGUGAGAGUGAGUCCUUGCCGAGUUCAAAUCAAAACAACUUUCUCUGCCACUUUUUGCUCUGCUGUUUCUAUCGAACAUCUCUCAAGUGAGCUGGAUCUUUGUGUUUUUGUAUUUAGAGCACUAAAAGUGUAAAAAUGACACUCAACCCAAGUGUAUAUUCCUCUGAAGGAAUAAGGUAACACAAACUUUUCAAACAGUCUGUGAUUACUGAACUUUGGAUUGAGUAGUAGAUGUUUAACUUUUGGAUCUAUAAUGCUUCAUUAUGUCAGAGAGAACAGUUGAAUGUGGACAUCGUAUGAUGCUGAAUAGCCUCCUUUUAUAUGUUACAGGUUAUUUGCCAAUAAGAGUCAUUUAUCUGAUUUCUCCUUUAUGGUAGUAAUUUUCAUCCGUCAAAGGUCACAUUGCUGGCUUUAUAAAAGGUGGUCUGACUGGAAAGGAAAGACAUUCCUCUCAUAUCUUCCUGGCUGGGACUUCCUAUAUUUGAAGAAUAACUUCAUUCCAUCAUCUGAAAGAUAUGCAUUUUUGGCAAACAUCAUACAGGCGUAGGGCACACUGUUUUCUAAAGUUGUGAAAAUGUUUCCACUUAAAUUGACAUAGCAGACACCUUAGUGGAAAAGAGCAGCAGUAUGUAUGAUAUUACUCUUGGGAAACGAUGAGGGUGACUUUUAAGUGGUCAGAUUUCGUAACAAUUGUACUUCCUUGUUGCGGGCGAGGCUUGACAGGACAGCACACACUUCAGAGUAAAGCACAACAGAAUAACGAUUGCAUAUCCGGUUAUCAACUUUCAAAAUAAAACUUAAAUCUAAUAGUACAGAACGUUUUCUAAAUGGGAUUUUUACAAUUUCUCUACUAAAAUUAUGUAAAUGCAGUUGUUUAAUUGUACAAGUUUUAUUUAUGACCUGCGUAUUUAACUGUACAGCAUACUUGUUGUUGUAUAGCAUUGAUUUAUAGACGUGUUAUAUGAACACAUAACGUUUCAAAUGUAAUUCACAUAACGUUUAAAGAUGUAAAUGUCAUUUUCAUGAUUUCUUACUUUGUUUGUAUUUAUCAUUUACGGGAUAUUCCUUCAGGCUAUUUGCAUGUGCUCCUGUCAUCUGAAUUUAUCUUAUAGGCAUCAUUAAAGGAUUUAUGUCAUGAUAUUAUCAUUGAAUAAACCAAAUGUGUUAUUAAUUAGGAAUCAAAUAGACAUUCUAGGUUAUGCCUAAAUAUAUUCCUUAAAGCAAAUCAAUAAAACGAUAAAUCACGAUUAGUGCUUUGAUUUGGCGCUCUUUUACUUUGAAGGCGAGUGUAAAAUCUGGUUUCUUCUUUGGACUGUUGUUAAUCUCAGAGUCUUGGUGUAGAUCAGUAUCAGUGUAAAGUCUGUGCCAGUAGGAUUCCGUUCUGUCAGGUGGGAGCGCUGCUUCAGGAUCGUAAGUGAAGUCUCAUUGACACAGGCUCGUAAACAAUUCCCACUUUUGGACAUUAUUGGACUAUUGAACUUGGGCGAUAUCUGCCCCUUUUCACAUUGAGAGCUCCUUCUGGUUCUCCAGAAUGAUCUCUUUGAGAAAAGUGUCUUAUAGGUAGCACUCAAUCACGGUGGACUGUGACGUGGAGAUGGUCACUUGGGCCGCCUUGCUGACAGUAUGCAUAUGGAUACAAACACAAAUAGCCUCAGGACAGUACAUAUGUCCUUCUACUCCACCCAGGCUGGUGGAUUUUACUGUAAAAUACUCCCUCCCCCAUUUCCAAACAGACAAACCCAUACAGAACAUCGCUGUGAACCAUGAGGAGAAUCGCUCAGACGUGUAUGUUGCAUGUCAAAAUGUAAUAGAGGCAGUCAACUAUGCCAUGGAAAGAAUUUGGAAAGUGAAAACUGGACCUGUUGGCAGUACUGACUGCGAAACAUGUUUGGCGUGUGACAUAGAAAUAGAUCCUGCAGACCCUGUGGAUACAGACAAUGAGGUUCUGCUUUUGGAUGUAUCUGCAAGUCCCUUUCCCUACUUGUACAUAUGUGGGAGUACUCGGCAUGGGAUCUGUCACUUCAUUGACAUUGGCACUCCGGAGCCCAAGCCUCAGUGUUUAUUCAGAAAGGAGAAAAACUCUCCAACCAACUGUCCAGAUUGUCUGGCCAGCCCCCUUGGCACCAAAGUCACCAUCGUUGAUCAAUCUGCCACACUGCUGUUCUUUGUAGCCGCCUCUGUCAAUGGCAAAGUGGCACAGAUGUAUCCAAGGAGGUCAAUAUCUGUAGUGAGACCUCUUUCAACUGAAGAUGGCUUUCAUAUGGUCAUGGAUGGUCUGACAGUACUCCCCAGUCUACAGGACUCUUACAAGAUUGAUUACAUCUACAGCUUCUCCACAAGUAGUUAUGUCUACUUCCUGUCCCUGCAAAGAGAAAACCCAUCCAGCAGCAACUCAGCCUUUCAGACCCGCCUUGGAAGACUGCCUAUAUCAAUCCCAGAGGUGUGGAUGUACCGAGAGGUGGUGCUGGAGUGCCGGUACGAACCGAAGCGCAGGAGGAAACGCAGAGAUGCUUUUAGGGACAUUGUGUUUAAUGGACUACAGGCAGCCCACUUUGGGCGAGCGGGGAAGGACUUGGCAGAAGAGCUGAGGGUAGGCGAGACAGAAGACAUUCUGUUUGGGGUUUUUGCAGAGGUGAAUCAGAAUGGAGAACCUCGAAAACAUUCAGCUCUGUGUGCAUUUUCUUUGACUAAAGUAAAUUAUGAAAUUGAUAAAGGCGUGGAUGCCUGCUGCAAGUCAGGCCCAGAGCAGCUUUCCAGAGGUCUCUGUCACUUCCAGCCAUGCGAGAGCUGCCCACAUGAAAGCUCUGAAGGUAAUGACACAUGCAGUGUCAAACCCACUUUGGUGUCAAAGCCCUACUACCGACUAGACCUCUUCAACAGGCAUAUGAAAGGCGUCCUUUUCACCGCUGUCCUAGUCACCACUAUUGGGAAUCACACGCUGGGCCACUUUGGUACCUCAGAUGGUCGGAUACUGCAGGUGAUUCUUACUCUCUACAGGCCGAUUGUUUAUGCCAACUUUUCUCUUGGAGAAACCCAAGUGUCCAGAGCAGCACAAGUGUAUAAUGAAUUUCUCCUCUUCGCAGUCGGAAAUAAGAUGUUCAGGGUGCCCUCUGCGGGCCCGGGUUGUGCACAUUUUAUGACAUGCUCCAUGUGUUUGACGGCCCCACCCUUCAUGAACUGCGGCUGGUGUUCGGGAAUCUGCUCGAGGCAGCCUGAGUGUGCCUUGCUGUGGAACAAAGACUCAUGCGCACCUGUCAUAACAGAGUUUUUCCCUACAAUGGUACCUGCUGGUGCUGAGACAGAAGUGACACUGUGUGGCUGGGAGUUUCAGUCUCCUCUACGACCUGCCAUCAUCAGCGGCAAAACCCACAUCAUCACAGUUGGCCCUGGGACCCUGUGCACGGUCCUGCCUGAAAAGAGCAGUAGUGAAGUGCUUAUAUGCAAGAUCCAGGAAAACACACCAAGCCAGAACCUCAACAUCACACUGCAAGUGCAUGAGGGGAAGGUGGAAGGCCGCUACUCAAUUGAAGGCACUGCUCAGAUGCCUGGCUUCUCCUUUGUGGAGCCUAGCAUAACUCAAAUCAGGCCUGACUUUGGCCCCAUGUUUGGAGGAACGACAGUGACUCUGACAGGAAAAUAUCUUAAUUCUGGGACACAGAGAGAUGUCUACUUUGAUGAAAAAAAGUGCAUUGGUCAAAAUGGUCCUGAAGCGAGUGGGACUUCUUCAAUUGUUUGCCAGACAGCUGCCGCAGAAGGUGUUGGGAAUGUACCUGUGAAAAUGAUCAUUGACAACUUUCUAGUGUCGACCACUAAGACGUUCUUCUACAAGAGAAAUCCUGUUAUAAACUCUGUGAUUCCUAAUUGCAGUUUCCAAAGUGGAUCCAAAUUAGUGAUACAAGGUCAGAAUCUUGACUCUGCUCACACAACUGUGGUUCAGUACAUUUCCAAAAAUCCCAACCUGCUACCUCUUGAACAAGUCUGCAACGGCACAGCAAAUUCCACAUAUUUAGAGUGCUGGGUCCCUGCUUUCAGAGAGGAAAUGCCUGAAGAAAAGUCAGACAUUGGAGAGAUUUUUAUCCACAUGGAUGGGAAAAGGAACCUCUGGAAGAAACGUUUUGACUAUCAUCAUGAUGCCAAAAUCAUUCCCUUUGAAAAUGAUGACAAUGAAUUACCCAUAAAAAAUGGAGAGACAGAAGUUUCCCUGCAUCACAACAAACUGAAUACAGUAAGCUCUUGUAUGAAGAUCACCAUGACCAUUGGUGGUGUGAACUGCAAUGUCCAGGUUCUGCUGAAUGAGCUGACCUGCAGGAUUCCUAAAGGCCUGGUUAUUCCCAGUGAGGGAUUGCCUGUCCAGGUGUCUGUUAACGGGGAAGUUUAUGAAGUGGGUAAAGUGGUCAACGAGGACACAAACAACGCGACCAUGAUAUUGGGCAUUGUGCUGGGAAUCAUUGCUGCGUUGGUAGUAGGGGCUGGCCUUGCAUUACUUGUGAUGAUUCAUUUGAGGAAGAAAAAGAGAGCCAACAUAGAGAAUCGUUUAUCAACAAUGCUUUCACGGAACCGCAUGGGCAGCGGUCUGGAUUAUUCCCCGACAGGUGACUACAGACGAGUGGAUCUGUCCAGUCAAACAUCAGGUUCUGGAGGAACGGCCUUCCAAGGUUUAAUGUAUGCUGCGAGCCAUGAUCAUCUGGCCAUUCCUUUAUUGCCACGGGACAAUAUCUCAAUGGUCAGUCUGAGUCCUGAUCUUCUUGAAGAGGUCAAAGAUGUCCUGAUCCCUGCUGAAAUGCUCCGGAUUGAGGAUCGUCAGAUUAUCGGGAAAGGUCACUUUGGGACGGUUUAUCAUGGAUACCUGAUAGACAGCAAUAAGCAAGAGACCCACUGUGCUGUUAAAUCACUGAACAGGAUCACAGAUUUGGGGGAGGUGGACCAGUUCCUCAGAGAGGGCAUCAUCAUGAAAGGUUUCCACCACCCAAACAUCCUGUCUCUGCUGGGCAUCAUGCUGCCUAAGGAAGGGCUCCCUCUGGUGGUCCUUCCGUAUAUGAAGCAUGGGGAUGUGCGUCAUUUCAUCCGCUCUGAGAAAAGGAACCCGACAGUGAAAGACCUGAUAGGUUUUGGGCUUCAGGUUGCCAAGGGGAUGCAGUAUUUAGCCCAGAAGAAGUUUGUCCACAGAGACCUGGCUGCACGCAACUGCAUGCUGGAUGAAACUUUCACAGCAAAGGUGGCUGACUUUGGCAUGGCAAGGGACAUCUAUGACAAGGAGUACUACAGCAUUCAAGAUCAAAAACAGGUCAAGCUGCCAGUCAAGUGGAUGGCCAUCGAAAGUCUGCAAACACAAAAGUUCACCACCAAAUCUGACGUGUGGUCAUAUGGCAUCUUACUGUGGGAGCUGUUGACUAGAGGUGCUAGCCCAUAUCCAGAUGUGGACCCUUAUGACAUCACACACUACUUGUUGAAGGGACGCCGGCUUCCCCAGCCACAGUUUUGCCCUGAUACUCUCUAUUCUAUCAUGCUGAAAUGUUGGGACCCGGAGCCUGAGCGCAGACCUAGCUUCAAUAGCCUGGUUACGGAAGUACAAUACAUCCUGUCCUAUCUGGAAGGAGAGCACUACAUCAGUUUAAAGGUUAACUAUGUCAACUUAGACCAGCAACGGCCCUACCCGCCUCUGCCUGGAUCUGCAGAUGAAGCUGAGGCCUCAGACUUGGACACGGACAGUUGAGGGUGCAAAGUCCUAAGACUCUCUGAUAGGAACGUAUGAUCUGGAUUAAGGUUGGACAGCAUGCAACAAAAUUGAGAAAUUAACCUGGAUCCAAUGAAGGGUCACACAGAUAGUUAAUCAUGUCAUCAAACAAGAGCACAUGAAAGGUUUUGCCUACUUUUUUUAAAGACACUGACUGUACUAUAAACUACAAAUCAUGCUAGAAGUUCUCAGUCCAUAUUUUAUGUGUAUCAACAUGGAGUUACAUAGUUGGAAGUCCAUGUUUUGUCUCAAAAAGCAAGGCAAAAAGUGAAUCUAAAAUGUGUUGUUCUCUGACUACAUGAGACAUUGUGCUGUUAAAGAAAUAUGUGUCUCUAAACCAUUCCAUUAGACUGUUGGACACAGGGUCUAUAAAUGCUGAUGUGCGCUCAAGGGUCAACAUAUUUCGAUUUUUGACACACUUUUCCUGCUAUGGGGAUAUAAUAUAGAUUGUUUCCCUUUAUGUAGAAUGUAGAUUUUAUUACAAAGAGACGCUUACAAGUGAAAUGAUCAUACUGAAUCCAGAAAACCUCUUCUCAGAUUUAGAAUCGUUGAUACUCUGCCAACAGCUUUGAGCCUACUGAAUAAUACAGUGAGCUGUCGAUGCUGAUCAGAUAUCAACUCAGGCUUAGAAACACAUAGAGUACCUGUCGUUAUCACUAGAGGGCAACCAAUGCCUUCUUCUAGAGCAUACUUCAAUCAUGCUGCAGUGAUGUUUGCUGCACUACAGCAACACACAAAUGUAACUGAAACAGUACAACUAUAUCCAUCCAAACAAACUAAAUGUUUUCACUUAAUCAACAAAGCAUAGCAUCAUGACCAAACUGCACAUGUUUAUUUUUUACCUACAUUUUAUUAAAAUUACCUUCAUAGCAUAUAAGACAAGCAAAGGGAUUUUAGAAUAUUGCACUGAUUCUUCAACUGACAUUGCAGUUCAGUUUAACCUAAAAAAAAACCUGUGUUGACCAGCGAGCUGUCUACCAGGGGUAAUACAGUUGGCUCUGGUAGAUCAGAUUUUUGCAGCUUUUUUCCUUUUCUUUCUUGAACUGAUGUUUCUUUGGUUGUUGCACUGUAAAGAAUGUUUUUGUACAAAUGUGCAGACAAAUUUGUGUCCAAGAAUUAAAUGUUUCUCCUGACUUGUUUUUUCCUAGCCAUAUCCUGAAUAAAUAUGAAGAAAACA